AUGUUUCUGAAAGCCAAGCGUACAAAAGUAACGCAGAAAAGCCGCAUUACCAACAAUCUCGCUUCCGUCGUCGCCGACCCGAACCAAAGCCGGACUACCACUGCCACUUUUUAUACGAAACACUGGGGCGAGGACUUUGUCCCCCACAAGACCGUCUCAAAGGCGCAAGGAAUCCCUCCCACUUCUAAUGCCGCAAUCUCGUCGUAUCGAUCAAGCGUUGCCCAGGGCUACGAAAACUUGACGUCUGCUCGUCAAGGACUUGCCAAGGCAUAUCGUGACAAUGACUCUAUCGGGAUGGAAGAUUUGCCAAAGAUCUUCGCCUCUCCCACUUUCUCACUAUCAAGUCCGACGGCCUUCAACAAGCUUUUCACGGCUCCCGCCGUUGGCACGUCGGAUCCACUCACAGACACGGAUCGUCCCCCUAAAUCUCCUUCAGCGACUCAACACCUAACAUGUGUCGGCAAGCUUCCCGGCGAGUUUCGAGAUCGUGAACGUUUGGGAAGCGUCCUUGAUCAUUAUCAUGAUAGAAUCGAUGCGGUACUGUCAUCGAAGCUUCGUCAGAAGCAUAACACUAUCUGGCAGACAAUCGAGACCGACCAAGAUCUGGAUUCGGCGUUGGCCGAGGCGCUGACGGAAUUGGGGGAAAUCAGAAGUGGACUUCAGAGAAUGCAGCUGUCGGCCGUGGAUUGGCGGAUGCAGAUCCUGAAUGCUUGCAAGAAACUUGAAGCCAAAGUUAUUCUACGCGAGAAGCUGAUGGACAUCGAUCUGUUACGUAACACGACAAUGUUCGUCCAGCAAUGUCUCAAGAACUCUGAUUAUCUGCUCGGCCUGCAAUGCAUUGAAACUAGCCAUGGCCUCCUACGCGAGGGCAUCGCCGAUAUGGCCGCAUUUAGGGAGGCCGAUAACCAACUAAUCGAAACGAGAAAAAUGGUGAAUAAACUUGUGUACGAUGCAUUCGGCACGAGUUUUGACAGGGAGUUUGCGAAGCCGUUGGAAGAUUGGGAAACACAUUUCAAUUCGCUGCUGGAGGGUGAUCUGCCUCGACUGAUCACGGCUCUCAUCCAGUUACAGGAUUACCGCUUCCUCGGCUACUUGAAAACGUCAAUUCACGAUGCCACGACGAACCUCAUGCGCCAAUGUGUCAAGUCACAGCUUGUUCUUUUGAAUAAAGCGGCUGAUGCCGAACAAAAUCUAAAACAAUUAGUCGAACGUCUCAGCCUCGAAGAAUGGAACCUGAUACUGACCAGCUCAUUGAUCACAAUGGGAAACCACUAUAAAAAGAUCCAGAAGUUGAUGUUGAUACUGUUUGACCUAAGUGGCUGUGGGACGAAGCCGCAACCGCAAGUAGCCGACGAGCAGGUUGCUGGAACGGUGGCUGGCACUGAUUUGCAGUUCAUCUAUGAUCUCCACAAAAAGAUCGGCCUGGACGUGACACCUUUGUUCAAAUGCGCCUUAUGGGCGGAGACGACAAAAUCCGAGAUUCAACACGAAGAAGAUCUGCCGUGUGCCAUUUAUGCUUUGCGAGACUACGCAAAUUGUUGCCUGCAAACGAGACUCGGCCGUCUAUUGGAUCACCGGAAGGGGGCAUAUUCCGGUCUGAAAAUCGACUCCAUGAAUGAAAUUUCGUCAAACUGGCUCGUUGUCCAGAAAUUUGGACGCGAAUACUUAAAAGAGCACCGGACCGGCGAAGAGAUAAUGACUACCGUUGAGCUCUGCGCCCGUACUAUUGCCAAUCAAUUUGCCAACGAAUUUAUUAAGUCGAGGAGCGAGGAAUUAUCCAAAGUCCUGGACGACGAAGGCUGGCACCCGGUUCGACUUUCCCCCACUGAAGCCGAGCAAUUCAAGAAGCUUUAUGGCUCUGGCUUUGAGUACUGGCUUGUGAAUGAGACGGUGAAAGAUCCCGUUUUCGAUCCGGUGACCUUUGAUGAAGCGUGCAGUGAGCAAUUUCUGCAGGACGAAGAACUAAAGGUUGUUGGAGCCACGGCGCACUUGGUACAAACCCUUGUCGGCGCUUCUACUAUUGGUUAUUUCGCGCUCACGAAGCUGAUAGAACUGUUGAAAUUGUUCAACAGCCGAUCAUGCCAGUUGAUCCUCGGUGCUGGGGCUUUGCUUAUGGGCAAAUUGACGUCGAUCUCUGUGCGUAACCUAGCGGCUUGCGCACGGUCACUUGAACAGAUUAUGGUCAUAUUGCCAAGCUUCUGCAGAAAUAUCCUCGGGGAGACGCAUGAUCUUUCGCAACAGGAGAAGGACGAAUUCUUAGCGCAGUUUGAGCUGAUCGUACUGGACUACUGCCACCACUAUCGCCAAAUCAAGACAAAGCUGGUGGAGUGGGAACCUACGAUCACCCAGGCAAACGGAACUUCGACGAAUUUUUUGACAAUUACCCGAAACUUUGUGAAGUUUUGUGAUGGGAUCGGGACGAUGCUGACGCGUUACCAAUCCCAGGCAUUGAUCCGACACAUCCAUAUGCAGUUUCGUGCUCAGCUGACCGGUCGCCUUGCCGAAUUGUCGAUCUCGCCAAAAAACGCCCUCGCCUGGGGAAUGGCCUCCCGCGACUACGCAGCCUACAUGACCAACUAUCAAGACCUGCUUCGUAAAGUGGAUUGUAAAGAAGCAGACAUCCCGAAAGAAUCUCUGACUGAAAUGUUCUUGCAUCUG